CGUGACAAGCACCCACGCUCGUGAUGACGCAGGUGGAGCCGCGUGGUUUAACAGCCUGUUGGCACAAUAGUAACUGUAAGGCAAAGGAAGGUAAGUGAAGCGGAAGAUGUGAUCCAGGAGCAACCACAAGGCCCCCCCUCCGGAGGUGAAGCUCUCGCUCCCCUGGAGCCUGGCAUGACGGCGCUGGCACAUGGGUUGAGUCGAUCCGGAUCCCUCUCUUCCUCGACGCUCCCCUUUGCCUCGUCUGCACGGGAUCACCUCCGCUACCGUUACGUCCCUCUUGAUCGUUGUCUUUGCUUCCACUGACCUGCUCUAUAUGGUUAAGUAUUCGGGGACUUGUGAAACGGAGAGCUGUUCCCUUUCUGAAUGACUGUGCUGGUGGGUUGAAGCGACGCGAGAGGCGAGGGAAGUUGCCUCAUAGUGUCAAGGUUUCGGAGGUCGCAAUGGGGGUGCAUGGCGAGGAGCAGUGUCCGUUUCAUGAUUUGGGUUGGGCGCAGAUUGGCGGAUGGGUGGCAGUUCUGGGUGCCGUGCUGGUUGGAGCCUUAAUGGCGGGUGUGUUCCUGCGGAAGACAAGGACUAAGCCCGUGGGGAAGAAGAAACAGGGCGGUGGGGUUGUGUCAGUGGGUGAUGCUGAUGGAGGGGUGCGCAGUGAUGGCGAUUUGGAUGCUAUUAUCGUUGGGGCUGGUGUUGCAGGGUCGGCGCUUGCGUGUACUCUCGGAAAGGAUGGGCGAAGAGUAUUGGUGUUGGAGAGGGACUUGAGCGAGCCAGAUCGCAUUGUAGGAGAGCUGCUGCAGCCCGGAGGAUACCUGAAGCUUCUAGAAUUAGGUCUAAAAGAUUGUUUAGAAGGUAUCGAUGCACAGAGAGUGGUGGGAUACGCUCUGUUUAAGGAAGGGCGAGAUGCUAAAGUGGGAUAUCCUCUUGAGGGAUAUGGAGAUGAUAUAGCUGGACGCAGCUUUCACAAUGGUCGUUUCAUUAUGAAAAUGCGGGAGAAAGCUGCCUCGAUUCCUCAAGUGAAAUUGGAGCAAGCUACUGUCCUCGGCUUAAUCGAGAACGAAGGUGUUGUCACCGGCGUGAGAUACCGAACACCUGAUGGUCAAGAGCAGGAGGCCAAGGCUCCACUUACAUUCGUCUGCGAUGGUUGCUUCUCAAAUUUGCGUCGCAAGCUUUGUGAGCCGAAGGUUGAUGUCCCGUCAUGCUUCGUCGGACUUGUGCUGGAGAACUGUGAGUUGCCUUACUCUAGCCAUGGGCACGUUGUUUUGGCGGACCCAUCCCCCAUCCUUCUUUACCCUAUUAGCAGCACAGAGGUUCGAUGUCUUGUGGAUGUUCCUGGCCAGAAAGUGCCCUCCAUCGGUAAUGGUGAUAUGGCCAAACAUCUUCGCACUGUAGUGGCUCCUCAGCUACCAGGGCAAAUACAGUCUUCGUUCCUUGCUGCUAUAGAGAAGGGAAACAUUCGAUCCAUGCCAAACAAGACCAUGCCUGCAUUGCCAAGGCCUACACCUGGAGCUCUCCUUAUGGGGGAUGCAUUCAACAUGAGACAUCCUCUGACAGGCGGCGGCAUGACCGUGGCUCUUUCCGAUAUUGUUCUGCUCCGGGACAUGCUCAGGCCUUUAAGUAGUUUUCAUGAUGCUCAAUCAUUAUGCGAUUACUUGCAGGCUUUUUACACGCGACGCAAGCCUGUUGCAGCCACUAUCAAUACUCUUGCGGGAGCCCUUUACAAAGUGUUUUGUGACUCCCCUGAUUUGGCGAUGAAAGAAAUGAGACAGGCUUGCUUUGACUAUUUGAGCAUUGGAGGUGUCUUCUCAAGUGGACCAGUUGCCCUUUUGUCUGGACUUAACCCUCGUCCUUUGAGUCUAGUGGUCCACUUCUUUGCGGUUGCUGUAUAUGGAGUAGGGAGACUCCUUGUUCCUUUUCCUUCACCGUCAAGGGUAUGGAUUGGCGCACGUCUCCUACGGGGAGCUGCGAAUAUUAUAUUCCCGAUCAUUAAAGCAGAAGGAGUCAGGCAGAUGUUCUUUCCAAAUAUGGUUCCUGCAUAUUACAAAGCACCACCGGCAGAGGAGUAAGUGAAAUGUGAUGGUGCGGUAUUGAAAUUAACCGGUCUCGUUUACUAAUAAACAGAGACUGGUCAUUAAUUCAACCAGUUCCUCCUGUCUCGAUUGCUUAACUUUCAAUGUCGGUCAUGACUUGCUUCAUAACAGUUUUAUAAUCGACUUCGUGAUUUGGAUGAUGAGCGCUGCGCUUGGUAGACAUCCUGAAGAAAGAUAUUCCAAUGGUAGUAAACUUUCCUUCCAGCUACGGUUUAGGCAUUGUUGUUUGUGACGUCCAACUUCCUGCUGAUUUGGCAAGUUGCUAGAAUUUGAGCUUCGAUGUUCAGGGAUCAGCUCGGUUAAUUGGAGCUAAGCAUACAGGAAAAAGAUUCUGAGAGCAUAGGAGCUAACAUUUUUGUCACUUGUUCUUCAGUGUUAUGUACCAUAUGAUUUAAAUAGCAAGCUGAUUCAUAGAUUUUUCUCCCAU